AUGUCACUGCCCGGAAUAUCAGAUGAACAGAAAGCAGAAGCUGUCAAGGCCGCACAGGGUGCCCUCGACAGCGCCCAAGAAGCCAAGGACCUGAUGGAAAAGGCUGCUGCGACACAAGAUCCGGACAGACGAGCAAAGCUGCUAAAAGAAGCCUUCCACAAGCAGCUGGAGGCACGUAGUCAAGGCAAAGCAGCAGCAUGGCUACAGAGCGGCAGUAUACAAGGCGCCCUUGGUGGCUUCGGUAUCGGUGGUGCAGUUGGCACAGGUCUGGGCACAUUGACAGGGACUCUGGUCGGCGCGACCGCGACUCUGGCGGUGGGAGGAUUGGGCGCACUCGUUGGACUGGGUGUAGGAGCCUUGACGGGUCCAUUCAUGCAAAUCGGACCACCAAAGAAAGCAGCGAAGGACGAGAGGGAAGAUGAGACUGUGAAGCAUGUAGCCGCUGAGAUCGGUAGACAGGCUACACCACCACCCGAGGAGUUGGAGAGGAUGGCUGGCAUUGAGCCGCGUAGUCCACCACGAAGAUCCAGAAACCCGGACAGGAAACCAAAGAAGCUGCAGGUGCGGCAGAAGGCAUGA